AUGUUCACUGUGUCUGGCCUGAAGGGAGAGACGCUCGGCAAAGUCCCACUCAUAGCCAUUGGUCCUGCUAUUUGCAUGCCUGGUGUGGCUGCCAUUGUACUGGCCAACAAAACAAACGGCUGCACCAAGUUCCCCUUCCAGUGCCACCGCCCUAAAGUGAAGAGGAGACACGCGGAGAAGGAGGUGAACAGGGAGGAAAAGCCGGAUAGAGCUGCUGUGACUCAAAAUGGAAGUGACUUCAUAUCCAUGGCAACAACAGAGGGGCACAGAGGGACGGAGAAUAACGCGGAGCAGCAGGAUGAAAUUGUACAAUAUUUGGAUGUCCAUUGUCCAGCAAAUACUUUUUUGACUGCUGGUGGUGUCUUCAACUACAGAUUAUGUUCUGCUGUGGAAAACAAGACUUUAAGUGGGUUUAUGCCGAUGCCUCACUGGAGCAUUGGGGAGCACAGCAACAGAGACUGUCAGACCAGCGUGUAUGGACCUUGCUACUCUUACCUCAACACUGAUGAUCUCAGGCGGGGUUGUGAAACUGUGGUCUAA